AUGGCUACGCCUUUAAGGCUUUUCGUCCGAAACGCAUCAGAAACACAAUGUGCGAAGAUGAUUCUGCCAUCGGCGCGAAUGCUCUCGACCAAAUCGAUUCCUGUACCAUCUGCAAACGUGCACAUUGACUCGAUAUCUCCAAGUCUUCGACAUGUCUUUACCUCGGCCUUUAAACGUAUCUCUACUGCAGAUUCGACGGUUCCUGUCUCAUCUAUUUUGGCCAUCGCGCAUGGUCGGCAAAUGUCUAUUUCUUCGUCUCUGCGGCCGCAGCAAUACCGUCCCUUUACAAAACUCUUCAAAACUCAGCAAAGAUCUCUCUUCGGUGGUAAUACGUCACACAAUUUACUCUCUCAUCUGGAAGUAACGGCCAACAAGAAUCCGAGUAGUGCUACCGCGCAAAAUGCUCUCUACCAAGCGCUUUUGAAGGCGAAUAUGCCCGCCAUCAUUGCCGACAGAUAUCAGACCGGUCAUUUCGCAUCAAACGCUGCUUGUGAAGCUGCAUACCACAGAGCGUUAGGCAUGUUAGGACAAAUGAACAGUGGCAUGGCGAAUGCUUCCGGACAACCAGGAAAUCUCGGCAACGCCCAAUUACAAGCUAUCGGUCAAGCAGUUGCUGCUAAUUCUCGGGGUGGUAACAUUGCUAUGUCUCACGGCCAAGUAUCAGGUUCCGGCGAUAAAAACUCUCCUAUGCAUGUUGUUGUUGAUGAAACUAUGGGUAACACCAUCUUCAAAUGGGUUAAAUUUGGUCUCUACUUUGCACUUUUCACCUACAUCAGUUUGGUCGUCGUUGCUAUGAUGAUUGAAGGCUUUAAUUCUGUUGUUGCUAGAAGGCCCGGAGGGGCCAAAGCCGACAAUGAGGCCAAGGCUGAACAUCAAAAUGUCAGGUUUACGGAUGUUCAUGGCUGCGAUGAAGCAAAGGAUGAACUUCAGGAACUCGUAGAUUUCCUGAAGAACCCGGAAAAGUUCUCUACACUCGGUGGAAAAUUGCCAAAGGGUGUCUUGCUGGUUGGCCCUCCUGGAACUGGUAAGACUUUGUUGGCUCGUGCCGUUGCUGGUGAAGCUGGAGUUCCAUUCUUCUUUAUGUCUGGUAGUGAAUUCGACGAAAUAUAUGUUGGUGUUGGUGCUAAACGAGUACGGGAACUAUUUACUGCUGCGAAAAGCAAAUCACCCGCCAUAAUCUUUAUCGACGAACUAGACGCUAUUGGAGGAAAACGAAAUGCUCGGGAUGCCGCAUAUUCUAAGCAAACUCUCAAUCAAUUACUCACUGAACUGGAUGGAUUUGCACAAAACAAUGGCGUUAUCAUCUUAGCUGCUACCAACUUCCCCGAGUUACUAGACAAGGCUCUCACAAGACCUGGCCGAUUUGAUCGAAAUGUCGUCGUCGGUUUACCAGAUGUGCGUGGCCGAUUGGCGAUCUUGAAGCAUCACAUGCAAAAGAUCAUUGCUUCUCCUGAUGUCAACAUUGAAACACUUGCUUCUGGUACACCAGGCUUUUCCGGCGCCGAACUCGAGAACAUCAUCAAUCAAGCUGCUGUACACGCCAGUAGAGCGAAAGCGAAAGCGGUCUCCAUGUUAGAUUUUGAAUGGGCUAAGGACAAGGUAAUGAUGGGUGCUGAAAAGAGAAGCAUGGUUAUUUCUCAAAAGGAAAAGGAGAUGACAGCCUAUCAUGAAGCGGGGCAUGCGCUCGUUCUUAUGUUCACCCCUGGGACAGAUCCGUUACACAAGGUUACAAUCAUGCCUCGAGGCAGUGCUCUCGGUAUAACCUUUCAUUUGCCAGCGAUGGAUAAAUACUCAAUGACCUUGGACGAGUAUGAAAGUAGGCUCGAUGUGUGCAUGGGAGGUAAGGUGGCAGAAGAAAUCAAAUAUGGUCCCACAAAGGUUACGAGUGGAGUUUCCGGGGACCUCCAAAGCGCCACAAGUCUUGCAUACAACAUGGUCACUCGAUUUGGAAUGUCGCCUGAGCUUGGAAAUGUAGAUUUGAUGACAAACUAUGAACAACUAUCCGCAGGAACGAAGCUCCUUGUCGAAUCUGAAGUUCGCCGUGUCAUUGAGGAGGCUCGUCUUCGUGCUGUCAAGCUCAUUGAAUCCAAGCGUAAGGAAUUGGAUCUCCUUGCUAAAGCCUUAGUGGACUACGAGACGUUAGAUAGGGAAGAAGCCUUUAAGGUUAUAAGAGGAGAGAAGUUGGAGGGUAGAGCGAUCGCUCCUUCGGGAAGCAUAAAGGUACCUGAAAGUAUGGGUACCUCACUGGCGCCAAUUCCUGGAAGCCAAGGGCCUGCGGAUAAGGGACCCAAAGGACCACCUGGUGGAGGUGCUCUUGCACAAUAA